UUCAGUGAUCGAUGUGAAUUCAUUUUAUUAAGUCGAUCAAGUAGAUUGAUUAUAUUUAUGUUUAGCGCCAUCUGGAGGCUACUAAAUUCGUGUAAAGAAAUGACACCCUUUUUGGUUUCCAGUGGAUGAAAUCUAUUGAUAUUGGAGGCAUCCUUGUGUAAGAUGGAAGUUAGAUGCACUUAAGAAGGCAGAAUGAAGUUUUUACGGAGCAUUUGGAGCAACAAGAGAAUUGGAAUAAUAAAGAAAGACCAAUAAACAAAGUCAAAGAUGCUUCCGCUACAGUAAAAACUUCUUUUACGUCUAGACGUCUCCACGACAACUGAAAGAGAGCUAUUUCAUCAUGGCUGACACUGAAGGUGAAAGUAGACCCCAUCGUGAACCCAAGCCCACAGAGAAAGGACUACAAUGGCAAGUGGAAAUUAAAUCCAAAGAGUUUGACAGCUGCAUUAAGUCCUGGAAUAGAACCGCAAACAAGUUGCGAGUUUUACUUGGUGAUGAAAGCGAAGCGUCGACAGUACAGGAGACUAGAGAUGCUCUACAAGGUACUGUAGACAAACUGAUAAACACCCAAGAAGAGUUGGCUGCACUUAGAGUAACUGCGAAAGUUGAAGACAACAGUGAUGACAAGCUAGAUGAGGUAGAAACAGCACACAACAACAUCAUGAAACAGACUCUUGAUGUAUUGAUAGCCCUUAGACCCUCAUCUCGAACUUCAUCUAAGAAGUCGAAGAAGUCUCUUCCUGUUGAACCGCAGGAGCUACAGGAUUGCCAGGAUUGGGUGAACGACAUCCAGGUGAACGACAUCCAGGAAGAAGUUGAAGCAGUAAGUCAAGUUAGUCAACCUAAGUUAGACAGUGUGCAGAACGUUCAAGCUGAGACGAUGAGAUUUCUGGUUGAACAGAUGAGGAUGACGAGGCUUCCUUUACCAGAACCAGCAAUCUUUGCAGGAGAUCCAUUGACUUACCCAGCAUGGAAGCAUGCAUUUGAUGUUCUCAUUGAACAAAGCGGUAUACAGCCUAUGGAUCGUUUCUUCUACUUGCAGAAGUACCUCAAAGGCCAGCCCUUGGAACUUGUGAGAGGAUAUGCGCUCAUUGGAGAUGAGAGAGCUUAUCUAGAAGCACUGGUAGCUCUUAAGCAGAGGUAUGGAGAUUCUUUCAUUAUAGCAAAUGCUUUCAGAGACAAGCUAGACAGAUGGCCUAAGAUUUCUUCGAAAGAUGCACUUGGUCUAAGAAAGCUAGCUGAUUUUCUUCACCAAUGUGUCACUGCAAUGGAUAGGAUUGGAAAUCUACACCACCUAAACGAUGAGAGGGAGAAUCAGAAGCUCUUAGCGAAAUUGCCAGACUGGCUUGUGGUGAGAUGGUCACGUAAGGUCAUUGGAUGGACAGAGAUGAAAGGACAGUUUCCUCCCUUUCAAGAAUUUGUGAGGUUUAUAGAUGAAGAGGCUAAGAUAGCAUGUUAUCCAAUCACAUCUCUACACCACAUGAAGGAUAGGAGAUCUGAUCAAGGCAAGCCUGUACCAGAUGUUAGAACUCUCAACACCAAUGUCAGAUCUUCCAAUUCAGACAACAAGAGACAGAGGGAGAGGAGAAAUAUUCAACGCUCCUGCUACCUGUGUAAGAAGGAUCACCUCCUAGAAGAAUGCAGUGAAUUUGCAUCAAAGGACAUGACAGAUCGUAAAAGGUACAUAAGAGAGAAAGGUCUAUGCUAUGGAUGCUUGAAGGCAGGCCACAUGUCCAAGCAUUGUAGAUGGAGAAGUACCUGUAGUAUUUGUCAAGGGCGACAUCCAUCUUGUCUACAUGAAGAUAGGAAGAAACCAGAACCAAAGACGGAGACAAAUGUAGAAGACAGACCUAUGGAAACUCAGACGUCAUGGUCUCAUGCUUCAUUUAGUCAGCAACCUACCGGUACUAGUAGAUUGACCACCAUGAAGAGCACUAUGAUAGUUCCUGUUUGGUUAUCUCAUCCAACCAUAUCAGACGAGCGAAUGGUGUAUGCAUUAUUAGACACCCAAUCUGAUACCACUUUCAUGUUAGAGAAAACCAAGGAUGUGAUGAAUCUGCAUGGAGUUCCUGUCAGUCUUCUUCUUUCAACGAUGUCUGCUAUGGAUGAAAGAGUACCAAGUGAACGCAUAGAGGGUCUGACCAUCCGAUCAUUUGAUGGAGAACAACGGUUCGCUCUCCCGACAACCUACACCAGACGGUUUAUACCAGCAAACCAUGAUCACAUACCCACUCCAGAGAUGGCAAUGAGAAUCCCUCACUUAUCCAAGAUUUCACAUCAUCUCAUGCCCCAGCAAAGUUGUGAAGUUGGUUUAUUGAUUGGAUAUGACUGUGCAAGGGCACUCAUACCAAGAGAUGUCAUCCCUCCUGCUGAUGAUAAUGGUCCGUAUGGUCUUAGGACGGACCUUGGAUGGAGCAUCGUGGGUACUGUGAAGGAAGAUGAACACAAGUAUGCUUAUGAGGAUGAUCCCGUCGGUGUAAGUCAUCGAUUGACAGCCUGUGAGAUUCCUGCUGAGCUAAGGACAGUAAACAAGGAUGUGUUGUUCGCUCAUAACACAUCAGUAAAGGAGGAGAUCACCCCUGCAAGAGUGACGAGAUUGAUGGAAGCUGAUUUCCUUGAUAGAAAGGAUGAAGGAGCACCAUUUUCGCAAAAUGAUGUGAGAUUUAUGAAUAUUAUGAGAAAAGAAAUUCAUAAGUCAGCGGAAGGACACUAUGAAAUGCCUUUGCCCUUCAAAGGAAAGAGACCAGCGUUGCCUAGCAACAACUUCCAUGCAAAACGAAGACUUGAUCACCUAGGGAGAAAACUCAAACAGAACGAAGAAUACCAUAGAAAUUACACAAAGGUAAUGAACACCCUCCUUGAGAAGGGAUAUGCUGAGUCAGCGCCAGACCAUACCCCCAAUGGUCAAACGUGGUACAUUCCCCAUCAUGGAGUUCUUCAGCCAAACAAACUGAGGGUGGUUUUUGACUGCAGUGCGAAGUGCAGAGGGGAGUCCCUGAAUGAUCAUCUGCUAACAGGACCAGACUUGACUAACAAGUUGGUCGGAGUUCUCUGUCGUUUCAGGCUGGAGCGGGUUGCAUUCAUGUGUGACAUUAAAGAAAUGUUCCACCAGUUUAAAGUCAAUCUGGACGACAGGGAUUAUUUGAGAUUUCUCUGGUGGACAGACGGUAACUUCAACCAACAGCCCAGUGAAUUCCGGAUGAAAGUACAUCUGUUCGGGGCAGCCUCCUCACCGGGAUGUGCUAACUUCGGUCUCCGACAAGUAGCUUCUGACUUUGCUGCAGACUUUGGUGAGGAUGUAAGAGACUUCAUUCACCAAGAAUUUUAUGUGGAUGACGGACUGAAGUCAUUGCCUACAGUACAACAGGCUGUGGAUCUGAUAUCCAGAACCAAGCAGUUAUGUGAGAAGGGAGGUCUUCAUCUGCAUAAAUUUGUCUCCAAUUCAAGAGAGGUACUGAAGACUGUUCCAGAGGAAGACAGGGCGAAGAAUGUCAGAGAGAUUAACCUUCUCCAUGAUGAUUUACCUCUAGAACGAGCUCUUGGCGUACAAUGGUGUGUCGAAUCCGAUGCAUUCAACUUCAGAAUCACACUUCAGGACAAGCCCCUAACCAGGCGAGGCAUACUUUCCACAGUCAUGUCUAUUUAUGACCCCUUAGGACUGUUGGCACCAGUUGUGCUCACAGGGAAGCAGAUUCUCCAGACAUUGUGUAAGCUGACAGCAGACUGGGACGAUCCGCUUCCAGAUGUUCUGCGAGAAAGAUGGGAGAAAUGGAGAAUAGACAUACUGGAACUUCAAUCACUCUCUAUCCCUAGAUGUUACAAGCCUGCUGAAUUCAAGGCCGUGAAGUCGGUACAGUUUCAUCACUUCGCAGAUGCAAGUACAACAGGGUAUGGUCAAUGUACUUACAUGAGAUUAACUGACGCCGCUGAUAGAGUGCAUUGCACACUAGUGAUUGGAAAGAGCAGAGUGGCACCCUUGAAGUCUGUAACAGUACCUCGCCUGGAAUUGACUGCCGCUGCUGUUGCUGUGAAGGUCAAGAAGUUCCUGAAAGCAGAGCUUAAACUUAAUGACGCAGAACAUGUGUUCUGGACAGACAGCAAAGUUGUGCUUGGCUACAUAAAGAACACUGACAGGCGCUUUCAUGUAUUUGUAGCCAAUAGGAUUCAACAGAUCCGUGACCAUUCCAGUCCAUCAGAUUGGAAGUACAUUGAAUCAAAGAACAAUCCUGCUGACGAAGCAUCCAGAGGUCUAACGGUGCAUCAGCUGAAGGAUUCAAAGUGGUUACAUGGACCAGAAAUGCUGUGGGAAAAGAAUUUUUCCAUAGAUGAGGAUGGAGAGACAUUCGACUUACUUCCUGAUGAUCCAGAGAUGAAGAAAUCCCAGGUACAUGUCUCCCAAUCCAGUGCAGAUGUGUUUGACCUGAGUAGACUGCAACGUUUCUCUAGCUGGAUUGCUGCAAGGAAAGCAGUCGCAAAUUGUCUGCUCUUCAUUUCACGUUUGAAACAAAGCUGUAAAGACAGGCGUGAUGGGAAAGCAAGUGACUACCCAACAACCAGAAGGGGUGUUACUGUGCAGGAUCUUCAUCUAGCAGAGAUUGAAAUUCUAAAGCACGUUCAGAAGGAAGCCUUUGAAGAUGAAAUUCAGAUCCUGAAAUCUAUCCAGAAAAACCAGAGUCUAACUGAAAGAAAGAAGAGGCGUCAAAUCAAGAAAGCUAGUCAUCUACAUGGUCUUGAUGCCUUCUUAGAUGACAAUGACAUCCUGAGAGUAGGAGGACGGAUUCGAAGAGGUGACGACUCUUAUGAAAGGAAACACCCAGCAAUUCUUCCGCAAAGUCUCCAUAUCACGGAACUGAUAAUUCGUCAUUGUCAUGAACUAACAGCACAUCAGGGGAGAGGCAUGACACUCAAUCAAGUCAGAGAGAAUGGAUUCUGGGUUCUUGGAGGCAGUAAUCGAGUAUCCAAACUCAUAAGGAAAUGUGUCAUGUGCCACAAACUACGUAGCCCAACUCAAAUCCAAAAAAUGUCGGAUCUACCUUCUGACAGAGUUACCGAGACGUCACCCUUCACAUAUUGUGGGAUGGACUGCUUUGGACCUUGGACGAUCAAGGAAGGUAGAAAGGAAAUGAAGAGAUAUGGUCUGCUCUUCACCUGUAUGGCCUCGAGAGCAGUACACAUUGAAACACUCAACAGCUUGACUACGGAUUCAUUCAUUCAAGCACUUCGUCGUUUCACAGCUCUUCGAGGACCAGUGCAGCAACUGAGAAGUGAUAGAGGGACAAACUUUGUCGGAGCUGAGGCAGAACUAAAAAGGGCCUGGUCUGAAAUGGAUCAUCAGAAGGUAAAGGACUGUCUUCUAAAUGAAGGAUGUGAUUAUGUUCACUUCGCCUUCAACGUUCCCUCAGCUAGCCACAUGGGAGGAGUUUGGGAGCGUCAGAUACGUUCCAUUCGCAGUGUGCUGGAAACUCUACUGUACCAAUCCGGCAGACAGCUCGAUGAUGAAUCACUACGAACAUUAAUGUGUGAAGCUGCAGCCGUAAUCAACAGCAGACCAUUGACGGUAAAUCACAUCAAUGACCCAACGUAUCCAGCACCUCUGACUCCUAACCAUCUCAUCACAAUGAAGUCUAGAGUUUUCCUUCCUCCACCGGGAAACUUCCAGAGUGCAGAUAUGUAUUCCAGAAAACGAUGGCGUAGAGUGCAGCAUCUCAUAAAUGAGUUCUGGAAUCGCUGGAAGAAGGAAUUUCUUCAGAACCUGCAAGUCCGACAGAAGUGGACUCACCCACAACGUGAAGCUGAAGUCGGCGACAUUGUCAUUGUGAAGGACGUGAAUGCACCCAGAAACCAGUGGCCACUAGCACGUGUUAUCAGAGUCUUUCCAUCUGAAGAUGGACACAUUCGCAAAGUGAAACUCGUUGUGGGGGACUCCAGAGUAUGUAAUAGCGGUAAGCGUAAGAACCCUCUUCAAGAAUUGGAGCGUCCUAUCCACAAACUGGUGCUUCUGUUACCGCGUGAAGACCAAGAGGAAUUCCCGGCCAAGGAACCCGACAUUUGA